AACAAACCCUCUUAUAUGCCUGAUCAGGGAAAACAUUUUAUAGAUUUUCUUCCACCCAGGCAUGCUUUUUUCUCAGACUCAUGACUCAGGGCACCAACCAAACAGGCGUUUUCUUCAGAGUUUCAGAGCAGAAGCAGAGACACCAACAAGAAGGCGAUCAGCUCGUUCUUCUUCUCCCUCUCCUCCAGCGGCGGCCAUGGCGAGAUUAGGCCUUGCCGUCUGCGCCGCCUCCUUCCACCUCUUCCUUCUUCUUGCGUCGACCUCCUCGCUCCGGCGAGCUCCCACGGAGGCGGACACGGCCAACCAUGCCAGAAGAACUGCCUAUCACUUCCAGCCUGCAAAGAACUGGCAGAAUGAUCCGAAUGGGCCUAUGUACCAUAACGGUAUGUACCAUUUGUUCUACCAGUACAACCCGCAUAGCGCGCUCUGGGACAUCGGCAACCUCUCCUGGGGCCACUCCGUCUCCGGCGACCUCCUCAACUGGGCCGCUCUCGACACCGCGCUCGACCCCACCUCGCCUUUCGACGCCAAUGGCUGCUGGUCGGGCUCCGCCACCAUCCUCCCCGGCGCCCUCCCGGCCAUCCUCUACACCGGCAUCGACGCCAGCAAGGAGCAGGUCCAGAACGUCGCCUUCGCCAAGAACCCCUCCGAUCCGCUCCUCCGCGAGUGGGAGAAGCCCGCGUACAAUCCGGUCAUCGCGCUCCCGGCCGAUGUCCCCGGCGACAAGUUCCGUGACCCCUCGACGGCAUGGCUCGGCCGUGACGGCCUGUGGCGGAUCGCCGUCUCCGCCGAGGUGGACGGCGUCGCGUCCACGCUCGUCUACAGGAGCAAGGACUUCGUCCGGUGGGAGCGGAACGCCGCGCCGCUGCACGCGUCGCGCGCCGCGGGCAUGGUGGAGUGCCCGGACCUGUUCCCCGUAGCGGAGCGCGGCGAGGAUGGCCUCGACACGUCGGCGAACGGCGCCGGCGGCGUGCGCCACGUCCUGAAGCUGAGCGUGAUGGACACGCUCCAGGACUACUACAUGGUCGGCACGUACGACGACGCGGCAGACGCCUUCUCGCCGGCGGAGCCUGAGCGCGGCGACGACUGCCGGAGCUGGCGGCGGCUGGACUACGGGCACGUGUACGCGUCCAAGUCGUUCUUCGACGUGCGCAAGAACCGGCGCGUUCUGUGGGCGUGGGCGAACGAGUCCGACAGCCAGGCCGACGACGUCGCCCGCGGCUGGUCCGGCGUGCAGACAUUCCCGAGGAAGAUGUGGCUAGCCAAGGACGGCAAGCAGCUGCUGCAGUGGCCGAUCGAGGAGAUCAAGACGCUGAGGAGGAAGCGCGCCGGUCUCUGGCAAGGCACCAGGCUAGGCGCCGGCGCGGUGCAGGAGAUCGUCGGCGUGGCGAGCUCGCAGGCGGACGUGGAGGUGGUGUUCAAGAUUCCGAGCCUGGAGGAGGCCGAGAGGGUGGACGACCCCAACCGGCUGCUGGAUCCCCAGAAGCUGUGCGGUGAGAAGGGCGCCGCCGUGCGGGGCGGCGUCGGCCCGUUCGGGCUCCUCGUAAUGGCCUCCGGCGACCUGCACGAGCACACCGCCGUCUUCUUCAGGGUGUUCAGGCACCAUGACAAGUACAAGCUUCUUAUGUGCACCGACUUGACAAAGUCGUCGACAAGAGCAGGGGUGUACAAGCCGGCUUACGGCGGAUUCGUGGACAUGGACAUCGACGAUCACAAAACCAUAUCGCUGAGAACGUUGAUUGACCAUUCGGUGGUGGAGAGCUUCGGCGGCGGCGGGCGGGCGUGCAUCACGGCGCGGGUUUACCCGGAGCACGUGGCGACGAGCAGCAGCCAUUUGUACGUGUUCAACAACGGGAGCGACGCCGUUAAGGUGGCCAAGCUGGAGGCGUGGGACCUGGCGACGGCGACCGUCAACGUUGUUGUUGGAGACCACCACGGCCUUGUUGCGCCGGCGUUGGAGUUGGAGCACACGCACGACGCAGUGAUCUGAGGCCUGAAGCGGCUGGCCGGCACUGGCACAGUUGGUUCGAUAGUUUGAUGGCAUCGUGCAGCCGAUUGGUUGUGUGGUGAUUUGUUCGAUUGUUGUGAACAGGGUGUAUGAUCUGUGACAGAAAGAAGAGCACAAAAGAAAUCAUUCGAUAGUAUACGUCACGUGCUUUAUAUGUUUUGCUCUUUUGUUAUAGUACGUAUUCCCUGCGUUUCAUCUAUAAAUUGUUCGGCUUUUCUCUUA